CCACACUUGCGGACUUUUUUGGGGAUAGAGUACAGGUGCCCAUUUCUCUGCUGGGACAAAUAGAGGGCACACACAACAAUACACCUAGGAUCCAUCCUGAUGGAUAACAUGCGCUUCUGACUUUGAAAAGUAGUGGUUAAGUUCUGCCGAUUCACCAUGGCUGAUCGUAUUGCCAUCAUGUCCCAACAACCCAUCGACACCAAUUGUAUGACCUUGACCCGGUUCUUCUUGGCCGAGCAGAGGAAGAAUCCUUCUGCCACUGGCGAUCUCACUCAGCUCCUGACCUCCAUCCAGUCUGCGGUGAAAGCCAUCUCCGCCGCAGUGCGGCGAGCGGGCAUCUCGCAGUUAUUUGGUGCCGCCGGGAACGUCAAUGUUCAAGGUGAGGAUGUCAAGAAGCUGGACGUGCUGUCCAACGAGCUCUUCAUCAACAUGCUGAGAUCGUCCUACACGUGCUGUCUCUUGGUAUCCGAGGAGAACGAGACCGUGAUUGAGAUCGACACCGAGCGACAGGGCAAGUAUAUCGUCACCUUCGACCCCUUGGACGGCUCGUCGAACAUCGAUUGCCUGGUCUCCAUUGGAUCCAUUUUUGGCGUGUUCAAGAAGCAGGAGGGCGAGGCAGUGGAUGAGAAACUGGCUUUCCAGAAGGGCCGCAACUUGGUGGCCUCUGGAUAUGCCUUGUAUGGUAGUGCCACCAUGAUGGUGGUGGCUCUCAACAACUCCGUCAACGGAUUCAUGUUGGACCCAGCCAUCGGCGAAUUCAUUCUGACCGACCCCAAGAUGCAGAUCCCCGCCCGCGGCAAGAUCUACUCCUUGAAUGAAGGCUACGAGAACAAGUGGAGCUCGGCCAUCAAGGAUUACGUCAAGGGCAAGAAGGAAGGCCCCAAGCCCUACGGCGCUCGCUACAUCGGCUCCAUGGUGGCGGACGUGCAUCGAACCAUCAAGUAUGGCGGUAUCUUCUUGUAUCCCGGCACCGCAGAUGCGCCCAAUGGCAAGCUACGCGUCCUCUACGAAUGCUUCCCCAUGGCCCAUAUCGUGGAAACCGCAGGCGGAGCCGCCUCCACCGGCACCCAACCUAUGCUGGAUCUGGUACCCACCAAGCUCCACGAACGGUCGCCCAUCUUCCUGGGCAGCCAAGAGGAUGUGGCCGAUAUCUUGGCCAUCAUCAAGAAGCACGAGGAAUAGGAGACCAACGAGAGACCGACGACUCAGUCAAAGGUUACACCCGGCUGCUCAACCUUGAAUUCUAUGAAUUUGUCACUCUGUCGCUCGACAUCCCCCAACCCCUGAACCCGCCCGACCUUUCUUCCUCCCUCAAUCGAAAAUGUGCUCUUUUGACUACCUUAAACUAUGUUGAAAUACAACCUAUAUCUCCACCGUCA